UGCAACCCCUUGGCAGUUCGCAGGGCUGAUUUGACUUAUCGCUUGGUAGCUCCCUCCCGUAAUUUGUCAGAACUUUGUGACUAUUUUUAAUUUCUGAUUUUUAAGAACUAAAUUUCCCAGAAACCCUCACGGCGUGGUUUUAUUCGCCGCCCUAAAUCCUUCGGGUUAUAAACUUUGGGGAGCCAAAGUCCAGGGAGCAAAAUAAAUCCGGCCGGGAGCCAAGGGAAGCUUGCCUGGCUUUCGCAAACGCGCUCAGAUGGCGGCGCGCAUUCUGAUCUUGCCUUCUCCCGCCUGCCUAUUUGACGAUCCGGUCCAGGUGAAGAUCGAGGGCCUCUCUCCGCUACAGGAGGUCACAGUCUCGGCCUCUUUGGUGGAUGAAAGCGGUAACCUUUUCCAAUCGCACGCGUACUAUCGGGCUGAAGGUAACGGAGACUUGGACCUCAGCUGCUCCCCCUCGCUGGGCGGCAGCUACUGCGGGAUCGAGCCCAUGGGCUUACUGUGGACGCUGAAAUCCACGACGCCCUAUAAGAGGCUGAGGAAGACAAACGUCCUCACCCCUUUCUGUGUCACCUACGAGGUGUACCACGGGCCCGGAGUCGGCGGCUUGCUCCUUGGCAGCUGCCGCAGCGAGAGGCGCUUCAUGGCCGAAGGCGUGGAAAGAGUGCCCGUCCGAGAAGGCCGGCUCAGAGCCACGCUUUUCUGCCCGCCCGGCCCUGGACCUUUCCCAGCACUUAUUGACUUGUAUGGAUCUACAGGCGGACUGGUGGAGUAUAGAGCAAGUCUUUUGGCAAGCAGAGGUUUCGUUACACUGGCGCUUGCUUUUUUAGCUUUCGAAGAUCUCCCCGCUUACCCAGAGUUCAUUGACUUAGAUUAUUUUGGUGAAGCAAUAAAGUUCUUGCAGAAACAACAAAAGGUUAAAUCUAUGAAAAUUGGAGUUCUGGGACUAUCUAAAGGUGCAGAUCUCGCUCUUGCUUUAGCUGCAUUUUCGCCAGACAUCCAAGCUGCUGUCAGCAUUUCUGGCUCAGGGGUAAAUACUUUUAUCCCAUUGAAAGUGAAAGGACACAUCAUUCCACCUCAUCCUUGUAAUUUGGAGAAGCUCAAAGCUACUGAUGUUCCGAAUGUACUGAAUGUUGCUGAAAUAAUGGAUGACCCCAAAGACCCAUCGACCUGGCCAUGCCGCAUCCCUGUUGAAAAGUCCUUAAGCAAGUACCUCUUCAUAUGUGGACAGGAUGACAAAAACUGGAAAAGUCAAAUGUUCUGCCAAGGAGCUGUUAGCCGCCUUCAGCAGAAUGGAUGUCAUGUGGAGUUCUAUUGCUAUCCUGGAGCUGGGCACCUCUUGGAGCCUCCUUAUAUGCCCUUGUGCUCCAUUUCAUUUCACAAGGUAAUUGGGAUCCUUAUGGCCUGGGGCGGAAAGUGGAAAGAACAUGCAGAGGCACAGGAAGAUGCCUGGCAAAGAAUAUUAGCCUUUUUCAGACAACACUUGCUGGAGUCAACUUUGAAAAGUACUUUAUAGGGUGCAGUUUCAUAUUUGCUUGUAAGAAAGGCAGAAUUGCUCAUCCUAGAAGUCAGUUGGUAACCAAGUUAAACUCGGAGUGAUGGUCUUUAGAAAGUAUAUUUUGCCACUUUCAGGUACACCAGUGGGGCACCAUAAUUUUCAUUAGUUUGGUGAAAACUCUUCCAGCUGCAGACCCUUAAGCACCUUACACAUACAUCGUAUGUACUUAAAUGGAUGUAUCCUUCUCUCCAAUCAGUUGCAGUUUGAGUAUUUCAUAUUGAUAGACUACAAAAACCUGAAUAAUUUGACUUGAAAAUUGUUAAUAUAGAGGCUCCAGUGACGUCACCCUCCUGCUGGGUGCUCUAACAGAGCACUCCGUGUUAGAAGAUUGUAAAAGUCAGUGAAACAGAAAAAAAAAAUCACUGUUCACUGAGCUUAGCAUAACCUCUGGAUGAAAGAGGUUAUCAGAGUUGUGGAAGAGUGGCAGGUCUGACAGGGGGUUUGCUCUCAAGAGCGAAUUUUCCUGGAUUUAUGACCCCACCGAAUUCCACUCCCUCCAACUUCAACACGCUCCUGUUUUUAUCAGGAAAAAGGAGUUGGAAUGUCGCUUCUGCUCAAAAAGACUUAUUAAAUUGAUUGAUUUUCUAAGCAGACGGGAAUUUCACAAGUGUUCGAUCUUUGAUGUAGAAUCAGCACGGCAAGUACCGACUCCCUUUUUGAAACUUGAAACCUUUCUUUGUCUUUGAUUAAUUGACUUUUAAAAUGGCGUCUGAAAGUGAAAGUAAAAAUUUUUUAGUAUGAUGAAGUAGCGUUAUUUGUGGAUUGUUACAAACGGAGUUUUUUUAUACUGAAAGGAGGGAAGGAAAGUUAUUAAGUUUGAAUUCCUGAUUCUUUUGAGGACAGAAUGGCAGCUAAACCUUUAAAGCCUUCUGGAAGAAGAGGAUCUGAACCAAGUCUUGAGGAAAUAUUGAAAGAACAAUUAAAACUUUCUGAAGAUAGGCAAAAAGAGAUGAUGGAGAAUUUUAAUGCAAAAAUAAGAGAAGAUAUUCUCAUGGCAGUUCAAGGACUGAGUAAAAAAAUUGAGGGAUUGGAAGUGGAAAUGCAACAGAUCUCUCAGUCAAAUAAGCAUUUAGAAGACAAAAUGAAAGGUGUUCAGAAAAAAGUGGAUCAAAAUGAAGAUCAGGUUGUGAUAUUACAAUAUAAACUUAUGGAAGGAGCUCUUAGAAUUCGUGGUAUGCAAGAAGAGCGAGGAGAAGACUUAAGAAAAAUUAUAUCAGAAGCAUUGGCUGAAUUUAUUGA